UUUGGGGCAGAGAACGCGUUUAAGACCGUCAAGGCCUCCGGGAUCACGUCGAUUGGAGUCCGAGGAAAGGAUUCCGUGUGCGUUGUCACCCAGAAGAAGGUCCCCGACAAGCCUUUGGAUCAGACCAGUGUCACGCAUCUCUUCCCCGUUACGAAGUACCUUGGAUUGUUAGCCACCGGGAUGACAGCUGAUGCAAGAUCAUUAGUCCAGCAAGCAAGAAAUGAGGCAGCUGAAUUUCGUUUCAAAUGGGGAUAUGAGAUGCCUAUUGAUGUAUUAGCAACAUGUAUUCUGUUCCAGGCUGCAAGUGCUGGUUUGAAAGAACAAGAAGCAAUCGACUUGCUGGAGAAGAAAAUGAAGAAUGAUCCAGCAUUCUCGUAUGAGGAAACUGUGCAGACUGCAAUAUCUGCUCUACAAUCAGUUCUGCAGAAGGACUUCAAAGCUACAGAGAUAGAGGUGGGAGUUGUCACAACAUGAACCUGGCUCAUCAAAUAAAGGAUGUGAUUGAGAAAUAUCAAAGGUAGUGACAACAUAUCUUCCUUUUCUUGAAGGAUGUCUUUCAACUGCUUUAUCGAUCUCAGGUUGAUCAGAUAUUUAACAUGCCUUCCUCAUUCAAUAUUAUGGUCCAUUUGAUUUGUGUUUGUCUCCAUACAACUACUACUACUGAGAGAGAGAGGUGGUGACAAGUUAUCUUUCUUAGCUUUGUACAACCUUUUCACAUAGA